UUGGCGGGUUCGAGGAGCGGCUGCGCGUGGGCGGGCGGGGCCCGCCGCCCCUCACAGCCCCGCUCGGCCCCGCCGGCCCGGCUCACACAGCGCCGGCCCCUCGGAGCCCCGCCGGGCCCUCGCACCCCCGGGCCCGGCACGCAGAACCUCGGCUGAAUGGAGCUUAAAGGGCCACAGAUGAAAGAACGAACAUGAACAUUUCUGAAGGUGUGAGAUGUGUUUGGCAGUGACCUCCUUACCUCAGUAAUAAAGAAGAGUUUUUCUACAGGAGCUUAGGAUAUCUUUACUCCAGCUUCUUAAUAUACUAACUGGAAUGGUGCUCUGACAACAAUUCUCCAUAAUAAAGCACUUACCCUACCACAGAACAGUAUUUCUUUCUCUGCUGGUAAUGUAACUCAAUGGCGGAAAAUAAUGUUUUGAUAAGCAUGCCUGAAGAUCGUUCCUUUCACGUUCGAUACAGAUUAAGAAAAUAAAGAAAUGUAAAUAUUGCAGGAUGGAGGCUUCCUGCCUGGAGCUGGCUCUGGAAGGCGAGCGCCUGUGCAAGGCAGGAGAUUGCCGGGCUGGAGUGUCUUUCUUUGAAGCAGCUGUUCAGGUUGGAACUGAAGAUUUACGAACCCUCAGUGCUAUUUACAGCCAGCUGGGCAAUGCCUAUUUCUACCUGCAUGAAUAUGCAAAGGCCUUGGAAUACCAUCACCAUGAUUUAACUCUUGCAAGGACAAUUGGAGAUCUGUUGGGAGAAGCUAAAGCUAGUGGGAAUCUGGGCAACACCUUAAAGGUACUUGGGAAUUUUGAAGAAGCUAUCGUUUGCUGUCAGAGACAUCUGGAUAUUUCCAGAGAACUUAAUGAUAAGGUUGGAGAAGCAAGAGCACUGUAUAAUCUGGGAAAUGUAUAUCACUCUAAAGGGAAAAAUGUAGCUAAUGCCGGGACUCAUGAUCCAGGGGAACUCCCAGAUGAUGUGAAAAAUGCUUUACAAAAAGCUGCAAAGUAUUAUGAGGAAAACCUGUCAAUAGUAACAGAGCUGGGUGACAGAGCAGCACAAGGGCGUGCCUUUGGAAAUCUGGGAAACACACACUAUCUUCUGGGCAACUUCAGGAGUGCAGUUUUAGCCCAUGAACAGCGUCUCCUAAUUGCAAAAGAAUUUGGUGAUAGAUCAGCAGAAAGAAGAGCAUACAGCAACCUUGGAAAUGCCUACAUAUUCCUGGGGGAAUUUGAAACUGCUGCUGAAUACUACAGGAGGACGCUGCAGCUGGCUCGGCAGCUGAAGGACAGAGCUGUGGAAGCACAGGCCUGCUACAGCCUGGGGAACACCUACACUCUGCUCCAGGACUAUGAGAAAGCAAUUGAUUAUCAUCUGAAACACCUUGUGAUUGCUCAGGAGCUACACGACAAAAUUGGGGAAGGAAGAGCGUGCUGGAGUUUAGGGAAUGCUUACACUGCUCUGGGAAAUCAUGACCAAGCCAUUCAUUUUGCAGAAAAGCACCUGGAGAUUUCAAGAGAGGUAGGAGACAGAAGUGGAGAACUCACUGCCAGACUUAAUCUCUCAGAUCUUCAAAUGGUUCUUGGAUUAAGCUACAGCACAAACAACUCCAUGAUGGCAGAAAGCCACGCUGUGGAAAACAGUUUGAAUGGUGGUAGACCGAGAGGACGCCGUUACAGUAUGGAGAAUAUGGAACUUAUGAAAUUAACACCAGAAAAGGUUCCAAACUGGAACAGUGAGAUUCUUGCUAAACAGAAACCACUGGUUGCCAAAACUUCAGCAAAACUUCAUUUUGUACAUCGACUAAAAGGCAAAAAGUACAAAAAUGGUACCACCUCCAAAGUUUUGCAGGAUGCCAGUAAUUCCAUUGAUCAUCGACUUCCAAACCCUCAGAGGAAAAGCACUCGUGAAACAAUGGCAGAUGAAGGUUUCUUUGAUCUGCUGAGUCGGUUCCAGAGUAACAGGAUGGAUGAUCAGAGGUGCUGCUUCCAGGAGAAGAACAGACUCUCAGCUGCUUCAGUGGCAACAUCCUCUACUCCACCUAAAACGAUGAUAAAAUCCUUUUCCACGUCCGCAGUGUCCCCGCACACAGAUGAGUUCCUGGACCUGCUGGCGAGCUCACAGAGCCGCCGGCUCGAUGACCAGCGCGCCAGCUUCAGCGAGCUGCCCGGCCUGCGCCUCCGGCAGCACGGCAGCCAGGCUGUGCUGGGCCACCUCAUGGCCAGCAGCAACAGGGACCUGGAUGACGACUUCUUCGAUAUAUUGAUCAAAUGCCAGGGUUCCAGACUGGAUGAUCAAAGAUGUGCUCCUCCAGGAGCUGCCAAAGGCCCCACUGUACCAGAUGAGGAUUUUUUCAGCCUGAUUUUGCGCUCACAAGCGAAGAGAAUGGAUGAGCAGAGAGUCCACUUACCCUCAGCUAUAAAGGGACCCAAUUCCAGCUGAAGACCCCAGAGGCAUGUAACUGUACAGCAGCAUCAUAGGGAUCAUUCUGAUUUGCUGGAAAAGCACACUUGCCUUUUUUAAGAUGACUACAAUUAGUAGCUUUGUCUCCUUUCUCCUAGUUUUUUCACAGAAAUAGCAGCAGCAUCAUACUCAUGAGCAGUAGUUACAGAGCUGCCCCUGCUCUAGCAGUUGGUAGCUGCUUUCAGAGGAGUGUCUGAGGUACUGGUACUGUGUCUCCCUCUUAAUUGCCUCUAGUCUAUCAAAAUGAUUAUGAUUUUUUUUUCUCUGUCAAUUCUUUCAUUGCUCAUGAGUGGAUUUUACCACUGUCUCCAUCUAGUGUAAGACUUAAAUUUUUAUGUUCUUUUUAAAAAAAAACUUGAUUUUUUCCCCUGAUUUGUAUCUCUUGAAACAAAGUUCUGUUUUCUUUUAUACAUUUUUUAAAAAAAUAAUUUAAAGAAAAAUGAGAAAUAGCUUCAGUAUGUAGACUCUUUUCAGAAACAGUUUGGAAGAAACAAUAAUUUCUAUGAAAAAAAAAUUAAACCCUAGUUUUAAUUCUGUUUAAUAAAAAACGU